UUUCUUUUCUUGCUCUGAACGCAUUUCAAGUGACUAAUUAUACGUAACAACUUGACCUGCUCACCUAUUAUCUGUUACCGCCAAAUUAUACCACAUCGUAUACCCUUCAUCAAACACCAUGGCAGAGGCAGCACCGGUUCCCGACUCCUUCAUCACCGUUAGGUCAACACUCCCUUGCCUCCCUCUCCCGCUCAUCUCGGAGCGUCCGUGGGUCACAACAGAAAGGCUGCUCAUUCGGCCUCUGGCUGCCUCCGAUCUAGAGGCCCUGCACGAGCUGCGCACCCAACCGGAGGUCAUGAUUUGGACCUCGGCCGGCAAGCCUGACAGCAGUCUUGACGAGACCAAGGUCAAGCUAGACUACUUCCUCUCGCCAGAAGGAAACAACAAAUCAUUCAACUACGCCAUCUGCUUCAAAGAGGACCCGAGCAAGCUGAUCGGCAUUGGCGGCUGUCACAACUGGAGCUCAAGCCUGGGAUGGCCCGAGCUAGGCUACAUGUUCAGGAAAGAGGCGUGGGGGCAGGGCAUCGCGACCGAGUUUUUGAAGGCUUGGUUGCCGCUGUGGAAGGCGCUGCCUAGGGAGGUGGUGGGAGUGAAGUGUGAUGAGAGGACGUUGAGGGGCGGGGAUGGGGUUUAUGAGAAUAAAGAAGAGGUGGUGGAAGAACGACUGAUGGCGUUGACGACGGAUGAAAAUGGGAAGAGCCAGAAUAUCCUGAAGAAAUGUGGGUUUGAACACUUUCUUACUUGGAAGGCGAGGGAGGCGAGGCCCAGUGAGGUUGCGGAAGAAACGGUUUGGAUUGAUUUGCCUUCUUUUAGGUACUUUCCUGGGAGGGAGUGAUGGGGUCUGAGGGGGGUUAGCCUGAAGAGAGAGAAUAAAGAUGGAUGAUCGAUGCCGCUCCGGAAACUUGUCGAGAGGACGUCCGUUUUGACAUCCGAUCCGGGCUCCACUUUGCAUCCCGGAUCGGGUUUGCUCUGCAUCGGAGGCCGGAGCCGGGAUCAGAAUUACCAAGUCCCGAAGCGUGUGCUCGCAUCAAGAUAAUGUGUGAAAAUACGAAAUACACAUUGAGGCAGAGUUGUCAGUUCAGUGUGGGCGCUCACGGUUCCGUCAUGAUUCGGCUACCUUUGCUAGAUAAAUACAAUGCUGGGUCCAUGUGAAAA